AUGGGCCCUCAUAGCUGGGAUCAUGGUCAUCGUGGCUAUUGUCAAGAAGCUGCCUUACCCGUAUCGUGCUAUUUUGGAUGCCGGAGUUUGCGCCGGAUUAUCUUGGGGGAUGGGUGCCACAGUUUUCAUCUAUGCCAAGUCAGUGACGACUGGCAAGGCGCCGGAGAUCGAUCCGUGCUUGCCUCAAGAGCCAUAAUUGUUUGUCGAAGCACUCAUUGA